AUGCCGGGCACCACGCAGUACGAGGUCCUGCUCGACUUCACGAACGACACCCACGACUGCGCCACCGUGCAGCUCCAGCGCGACUACGGCCGGGGCACCGGCGCAAUCGUCCUCCUCCACCCCGGCGAGAGCGUCACGCUUGUGCUCGAUGCUGGCACAGUGUACAAGUAUGCGCUCAAGACGAGGUCGCGCGUCGCGAACGUAACGGCCCGCGCGUGGCGAGACGUCCGCUGCACCGUCUCCCAGCUCUUCCCCAGCACCGCGCCCGCGUCCGCGCACCCGCCACAAUCCCCGACCUCCGCCGAGCCGCUGCGCCCGGUGCAGGGCAUCACCGUCGACCAGCUGUGGCGAGAUAUGCGCUUCUGCAUAUGGAACGACGCAUAG